AUGAUGCGCUUGGCGGUGCAGCUCAUAAGUGCUCAGCCCGACGACCCGGAGGACUUUCUAUGGGCUCGUCUAGAAGCACGCAGCUUCAGCGAAGACGUGACGCACGAUGUAGCGUUCUCCGCCGGUGGUUACCCAGUUGUGCGCCCCGAGGACCCGACGCAGGUGAGCCUGCUAAAGGAUAUUCCAGUGACGUCCCCAGGCUACGUGGUAGCAACGGGUCUGCUGCCGCUGCUCUUUGCAAGAAAGCCGGUGGACCCAAUCAUCUACCUUUUUUAUCACAUUGGCAGUCGCGCACGUUCCAGCGCUGCCCAGUCGGUGCACUCCUCCACACGGCACCUGCACUUCGAUGAUGAGGAGGAGAACGGGUUUGAUGCCGAGAGCUGCACCUCCCGAGAGUUUGAUGAUGACAGCAACUUCGCAGCCGAUGACACCGCCGAGGUGGGCAGCGCCGGUGGCUCAAUCUCAAUGAUCCCUCUUCAGCGGAAAGGCUCUUUGGGCAGUCUAUUCGACAGCGCGGCUUCGCCCACCGCGCAGUUGCCGCGCCGCCGCUCGGAUCGGUCAGACAACGUGCGUCAUCGCCUGUCCCAGAGCGCGGCAAUGCCUCGCAGCGGCAGCACACGGCGCAACACGACGGGUGCAACGCGCACGUCGCGGGACACAACUGCUACACAGCCCCUUCCGAAAGAGCUCGCCGCCCUCAGCGGGGGUAGCUCGGCGCAGAAGCGCGUUAGUGUUGCACAGCAAGAUGGGAAGCAGCGUUCGCCGGUGCACAGCCAUCAUGACAACAGCGCCGGGUCGGCGGCUGAUAUUGGCAGCAGUGCCCCUCGACCCCAGCGAAUUCCCUCAGGUAGUGCUGCCGCCAACACGCUGCACUGCAUCGAGUCCGACGAGCGCGUGCGUGUGUGCAGCGAAUUCGAGGUCCUGCGCCUGCGCGAGGAGCUGCGGCUCGAGCGUCUGCAACACGAAGUCCGCACCCUCACACGAGAGUGCGAGUACCGCAAGCAAGUGGCGCUCUUGAACAGAACAGACCGCAUGGCCGACCGUGCCGCUGCCAUGGCGCAAGAGGCACUCGAAGAAGCGCACAAGUACCGGGCCUUCCUGUGCGCUCAGAUUGACCAACUAGAGGUGGAGCAGCAGCGGCAACUACGACUGGUUUCGCAGCACUUGGGCCAGCCGUCGCCCUCUCUCUCUGCUGCGGGGGUGUCCCAGCUUCCAUCACCGAUCUCAGGAUACCGUCUUGGUGCUGAGGCCCCGUUGCGGUACGCGGAGUCGCAAGUGCCAAGUGAGCUGGAUAUCUUGAAGAAGCAGGUGGAGCUGCUCACAAUGGAGCAGGUACGCGCACGGAGUAUGGGGUAUGGCGUGACCCCUGGCUACGCGGCAGCCGCUCCGCACACAACGUGGCUCCCUAUCUCUGUGGCGGGGGUCACCGAGUCGGCACGUGCGUCCUACAUAAAGUAA